CUAGUUAAUAUUAACCCCAUCUUAGAAAUUCCAUUAAUUACCAAUAAAAAGAUGAAACAGUUGCCUUCAUACCAUUUUUAAGGAGGUAAUUAAUCUUCACCUCGUGUGAGGGGGGUUGAACUGCAAUUCUUUGGUGCAGUUUACCCUUCUUCCUCAUUUUCACCACCCUACACAAAUAAUAUAUGCAGUAAAAACAAUAUUCAUACACCAAAUUUCCCUUUAUCCUCUUGAGAAGUUUCACCUUAUGACCUUAAACUUUUAAUCUGACCAUGAUCUGAGGGAGGUGAAAUUGAAAGUUCCCUCCCAAUUUAACUGGAAGGGGUAACUUUCAGCCAAGAGGAUUUCAUUUGAGGAGAAUGGGGACAAGAAUGAAGGGCCUUUUAAAAGGCCUUAGGUACAUUUCUAACAUAUUUGAGGAGGAGAAAGAACAUGAAAUGCAGAUUGGCAUGCCAACAGAUGUCAAACAUGUGGCUCAUAUAGGAUGGGAUGGUCCAUCAUCUAAUGAAUCUCCAAGCUGGAUGAAGGAGUACAAAGGAGGGGGCGUUGUUCAGUCUGCGCCCCUGAAUGCCUCUGAACCUCCUCGAGAGAGUCCUGAUGUCAAAUGGGUUUCCCAAGAUUCAUCAAAACGAAAGAGCAAAAAAUCUGCGGCUAAAGACCUACCAGAAUUGCCAAAAUCAUCAAGGCGCCAAUUCACAGACAGCUCAGCAGUAAGUCCAUCUCCAAAAAGGAAUCCAUCGAAGUCAAGGAGCUCGAGGAGGCACCACCAACAGGAAUCUGAAGGUAGUUGCAGAGGCAGUCGACGGGGCAAAGAACUGAGCAAUGAUGCACCUAUUUCACCCUCAAGUCCGACCUCCAGAAAACUAGCAGAUGGUAGAACAAAAUCCAGGCGCAGAAAGUCUAAAGAAUCCUCUCUCCACGGAACAUCAAAAUCUAAGGACAAGGAGUACUCAAGUGUUAGCGAAGGAUCAUCAUAAUCCGAAGAUAGUCUCCCUUGAACUUCAUUCUCCGACCCCUGGAUCGGGCAAUGCUGAUUCAUCAACAAGGUCAUUUAUUAAUAAAGGUUCACCAGCUUCCAGGCUGGAGGCUUUUCAAGAGGAAGAAAAGGGAAAGAUACUGGUGUCUUGAAUAACAUGCUGAAUGGUCAUUUUUGGUUGCAAGUUCUUUUAGCUAGUGAUAUAUUCAAGUGAAAAGGGAAAGAAUAGGUAGCAGCACUUGUUGGCGUGGAUUUGUAGAAUCCAACCAUAGCAAGUGCUGACAUUAUUUUGAGACUACUUCCUCAUCUGCUGAGUAGAAGUUAGAGCAUUCAUCCUAUUCUCCUUUUCAUGCAAAUUGUAACAACAUUGGCUAUAAGAACAUGAAGCCCGGCCGUAUGCCCACAUUCUCUGUCUCACAAUUCAAUAUGGUUUGAGCAACUCGCCAAGCAAUUAGCAAACAUAAC